AUGAUGAAAAAUAACAGUCCUAGCGAUGAAAAAUGGAUGUUAGAGAGUGUAGAGAUCGAUCCAAUGGGUGAAACUUCGUCCAAACAGCCAGACGUCAAGAAGAACGAAAGUGGUCUAAAGAAGGCUGCGUCAAGGGGUGUGGGAUCGAUAAUCCGUACGUUGAGCGUUUCGAACUGGAGAAAGAGCGGUAAUCUUGGGUCUCCAAGUACGAGGAAAAGCGGUAACCUGGGGCCUCCAGGUGCUGGGAUCCUUCCUAAGAAGAUGGGUCCACAAAGAGUAGAGAGGACAACAUCUAGCGCGGCUAGGGGACUCCAGAGCUUACGGUUCCUUGAUCGGACCGUCACUGGAAAGGAAAGAGAUUCUUGGAGAUCUAUUGAGAACCGGUUUAAUCAGUUUUCUGUUGACGGCAAAUUGCCUAAAGAGAAAUUUGGCGUAUGCAUUGGAAUGGGAGAUACAAUGGAGUUUGCGGGAGAAGUUUACGAGGCACUGGGUAGGAGAAGACAAAUAGAGACAGAAAGUGGUAUCGACAAAGAUCAACUUAAGCUGUUUUGGGAAGACAUGAUCAAGAAAGAUCUCGAUUGUCGUCUCCAAAUCUUCUUCGACAUGUGUGACAAGGACGGAGAUGGUAAGCUCACGGAAGAUGAAGUGAAAGAAGUCAUUGUCUUGAGUGCAGCCGCGAACCGCCUCGGUAACCUCAAAAAGAAUGCUGCCGCGUACGCCUCUUUGAUCAUGGAAGAACUCGAUCCUGAUCACAAGGGAUACAUCGAGAUGUGGCAGUUAGAAGUGCUAUUAACAGGGAUGGUGUCAAACGCUGAUACUGAAAAGAUGAAGAAAUCUCAAACGCUGACUCGUGCCAUGAUCCCAGAGCGGUACAGAACGCCAAUGGGCAAGUACGUUUCCGUGACCGCAGAGUUGAUGCACGAGAACUGGAAGAAAAUAUGGGUCCUAACUUUGUGGCUCCUCAUCAACGUCUAUCUAUUCAUGUGGAAGUACAACGAGUUCAUGAGAAAUCCUCUCUACAACAUCACCGGACGCUGCGUUUGCGCCGCUAAAGGCGCGGCCGAAACGCUUAAAUUCAACAUGGCACUGAUCUUGGUCCCGGUCUGUAGGAAAACACUGACUAUGCUUAGGUCAUCGUUCUUGAGUCGCAUGAUACCAUUCGAUGACAACAUUAACUUCCACAAGGUGAUUGCGUAUGCUAUCGCGUUCCAUGCAUUGCUCCACACGGUGCUACAUCUUCUAUGUAACUACCCUAGGUUAAGUUCGUGCUCUUACGACGUGUUCUUGAAGUAUGCUGGAUCUGCCUUGGGUCACACGCAGCCGAGUUACCUAGGUUUGAUGAUGACGUCAGUGUCAAUCACUGGGGUUUUAAUGAUUUUCUUCAUGGGAUUCUCGUUUACGCUCGCGAUGCAUUAUUUUAGAAGGAACAUAGUGAAGUUGCCUAGACCGUUUAGCGUUCUUGCUGGGUUUAAUGCGUUUUGGUAUGCUCAUCAUUUGCUGAUUCUUGCUUAUGUUCUUCUCAUCCUUCAUGGUUACUAUCUUAUCAUCGAGAAGCCUUGGUACGAGAAAACGACAUGGAUGUACGUGGCCGUACCUAUGCUGUUCUACGCAAGUGAGAGGCUUUUCUCACGUGUUCUUCAAGACCACAGCCAUCGUGUCCACGUGAUUAAGGCUAUUGUAUAUUCGGGCAACGUUCUUGCACUUUACGUGACCAAACCUCCCGCAUUCAAAUACAAAAGUGGCAUGUACAUGUUUGUCAAGUGUCCUGACCUCUCACAAUUCGAAUGGCAUCCUUUCUCCAUCACUUCUGCACCUGGAGAUGACUAUUUAAGUGUUCACAUAAGAGCAUUAGGAGAUUGGACAACUGAACUUAGGAACACAUUCGCAAAGACAUGCGAGCCCCCUCCUCAAGCAGCCGCAAAGCCGAAACCAAAUAGUCUUAUGAGGAUGGAAACAAGAGCAACAGGUGCGAAUCCUCACAUUGAAGAAUCACAAAUCUUGUUUCCAAAGAUUUUCAUCAAGGGACCUUAUGGAGCUCCAGCACAAAAUUAUCAAAAGUUCGACAUUCUUUUGCUGGUUGGACUAGGGAUUGGGGCAACUCCAUUCAUAAGCAUAUUGAAAGACAUGUUAAACCAUCUAAAACCCGGGAUUCCCAAAGUUGGGCAAAAAUACGAAGGAAGUGUAGGAGGAGAGAGCGUAGGAGGUGAUAGUAUUAGUGGUGGAGGAGGCAAAAAGUUUCCACAGAGAGCAUAUUUUUUUUGGGUGACAAGAGAACAAGCUUCCUUUGAUUGGUUUAAGGGAGUCAUGGAUGACAUCGCCGAGUAUGAUAAAACUCAUGUGAUUGAAAUGCAUAACUACUUAACAAGCAUGUACGAAGCAGGAGAUGCAAGAUCUGCUCUAAUCGCUAUGGUUCAGAAACUUCAACAUGCGAAGAACGGUGUUGACAUUGUCUCCGAAAGCCGAAUACGAACACAUUUCGCAAGACCUAACUGGAGGAAGGUUUUUUCUGAAUUGUCAAGCAAACACGAAGCUUGUCGAAUAGGGGUGUUCUACUGUGGAAGUCCAACACUGGUUCGACCACUUAGAGAUCUUUGUCAGGAGUUUAGUCUCGAGUCAUCCACUCGUUUUACUUUCCACAAGGAAAACUUUUAA